AUGGCGGACGUAUCUCUUGAUGAAUAUAUCAAGACUGACUUUCGUUCUAAAGAAAGACGCGGGAGCAUUCAUCAGAAUAAACAUCCUCAGUUGGCUUCUGCUAACAAACCUGCAAACCAAAGAAGUCGACCUUUAAUUAUGAAAAACCCAGCUCGUCGUUCUGAUCAGAAAUUGCCAGUGAAGCAGCGUAUUAAUAUUGAUAAUCGUUCUGUUCCCAACCGCAGCCAACAAAGCUAUUUACCAAAAUGGAAUAAAAUCCUCUCUCGAAAGUUGGAGCUCAAUCAGUUUGAUGCUCGACUAAAGUUAUCCACAAAAUCAUUUAAAGAUGCCCGAGAGAAGAUUGGCAGUAAUGUUAUUGAUGCUAGGCACAAGAUCCAAAAGUCACAAGCAAAGAAGUUUGAACAAGAUGCUCGAAAGAAAAUUAGCUUAAAGCGAGGUUUAAACAACAAUGGUAACCAACCUAAGAUAACUGUGACCGGUCUGGGAAAGCAACAUUCUUUUCGAGAAUCCACUUCUGGGUUGACCACAGCCUCAGGAUCCAACAUUAUCCGUACAGUGAACAACAGAGACCAUCAGUCAAGACUUGCAAGUACCAGUGAUGUCACAGUUAGUCUUAAGAGAACUCUGACUAAUGAUUAUAUUCCUUCUGAUUCUGGAGGACGGUUACUAGGCAACAGUUCAAAUAAUCCUCUUGGAAUGAGUGGGAUGCACGGUUCUUAUACAGUGCAUAAUGACAAACUACAAAUUAUGAAAAAUGUUUCUAGUAAGACAGAUGAUCGAUCAAAUAUUGCUACCUAUGAACCCUUAAGGGGCCCUGUUAUACAACUUAAAAAUGACCACUAUCGUGAAAAGCCAGUCCUACCCAAAUCUAUGGAUUAUGAUUAUGAUAAUUCUCCAGAAUACUCUCAUGUGCCCUCUUCAGUUAGGCAUUUGCCAUCAUCAUCUUCACCUCCAUCUUCAUCCUCUUGGUUGUCCCACCCCAGUAGUCACCCCCACACCCCUACAUCUGGGGCUCGAAAAGACAAAUAUGAGAUGUCAAGCAGUACAAAUAAACCUUUGUCACUUGAUAGGGGCAAUGCUCUUAAACUUCCACGUCCAUCUAGGGAUCUAAUUGUAGGAAUGGCACCAUCUGCUGCCAAGCGUAUUAAACCAGCUGGAAAUGUGGAUUCUCAUAGCCAAUUCCCUUCUUCAGAUGUAUUAUCCAAUUCUUCCUCUGUAUCAGGUUAUCGGGUAUUGGUGACUAAUCUUCAUCCCAUUGUUACACAAGAUGAUAUAAUUGAAUUGUUUGGUGCAGUUGGAGCUUUGAAAAAAGCCCAUUUAUUGAAACCUGGUUGUGCAGAAGUUGUCUACAUAUCAUAUAAUGAUGCUGUGGCUGCUGUCAACAAGUAUCAUAACAGAGAACUUGAUGGCCAACCCAUGAUUGUGAAACAAACAACAACGAUGACUAUAGUAUCGUCAUCACUUCAUUCUUCAUCAAGUUCUUCAAAUAUUCCUAAAUCCCUUGGGGAGCCUCUCAAAUUCAGGAAAGAUGUGUCUAACAGCUCAACAGGAUCCAAAGCUGAUGGUUCUUCAUCUCGAGGAGGAACUGUUUCUCAAGCAUCCUCUUCUUCCACCUCUUCAUCUGUUGUGGAUGUGAAUCUAAUUCACAAAGCAUUAUUUAGCCACAAAAACACAGGAAGCACAUCUGCUUCCUCAGGAACAAGUAGUCGGCCAGUCACCUUCACUGUGAAAAUAUGA